AAGUCAAACCUAAACAAGUUGCUCCGCCAAGAAUCAAAAUCAAAAUCAAAACUCAGGGCCACAGGCGGGGAUUUGUUCGAGUGAAAAACCCUAGAGAGACAGAGAAUGGAGCACAGUCACGAACACCAUCAAGCAACGGACAGCUUGGUGAACCUCUUCACAAAGGCGAACCACGAUCUGACCGUGGUUCAGCACAGGCUCGAGAAGGAGUUUCAACAAGUGUACCCAGACAAUGCAAAUCCAAUGAAAUUAGUGUCUAGAAUAAAGAAGAUACAAGAAGAUCUGUUGACCUUGAAAGAACAGUGUCACGAACUUCUGGCAGCCAAACAGGAUUUAAUUGAUAAGGCUCAAACCACUCUUGUUGGGAACAGAAGUUUGCUGCAGCGAAUGCAAGCUUCUGUGGGCAUCCCCUUCACCAGUGAUUCUGAUGACCCUGCAUAUGCUAAUUUCAACCAGGUCGUUGAUGAGUGGGCAGUUCAAGUCAGAUCUAGGACAGGGGAUGAGCAGCAUGAAUCGGACUCUAAGGAUAUCAACAAAUUACUCUUCUCAGCUAUAGUUCAAACCAACUGAAAAUGCUGAAAAAUGUUCGGGGGCCAAGCAUAAUAUUGUAGUGUGAAAUUAGAGCACAAGGAAUAGAAACUUGUAGUGUGGCCAACAACUUUUGUGCAGGGAAGGUGUUGUUGAUUGUAUUAAUUGAGUCGAUUUCAUGUGAAAAUUGGAUUGUUUAUGACAAUGUAUUCUACUUGAAAAAACA